AUGAAAUCAUUUCUGAUUAUUCAUUAAGUAAUUCCACUGUCUCUGAAAUCAAUUAACCAUCCUUUAUUUAACAACAGGAUUAAUCCAAUUCUACGAAAAUUUUAGAUUCAGCAAAAUCUUUAGUAAAAUAGUCUUCUUAAAGAAUCACUAUAAAAAAAUUAAAAUUUUGUGGAGAUAAUUAUAAAAAAAAUAAUUAGAAAGACAAUCAAUAAAAAGAAAUAAAACCAACAAAUACAAAACAAUUAGAUUCACAAAGUGAAGCAUUAACUAAAGAAAUUGUUAAUUUAACUAAACAAUUACAAUAAUUAAAAUUAAUUAUUAAUGCUAUAUCAGUUAUAAUUAAGAAAUUAAUAAGAAACAAUUAAAAAAUAUGAAAAGCUUUCUAGUGAAAUAGUAAAAUUAUUAGAAGUGAAAAAUGAAAUGUUAAACAAACUAAGAAAUGAAAAUGCAGAAAUGGAAAAUAUAAUUAAUUAGGAUAAAUUUAAAAGUGUACGAUAAUUAGAUUAAGAAUUAAAAAAAGAAAAAGAUGAUAAAUUAAAAUAUUAAGAAUUACUUACUUAAAAAAUAGAAGAAAAUUAAAAUUUAGUUGAAGAACUUAAAUAAUUUAGAUAGGUUCUAUCAAAAUUAAGAGAUGAAUUUGAAAGAUUUAGAAACACGUAAUUUAUUUAUUUUUAUGUAGACAUAAUCAAAGCAAUAUAACUCAAUCUAAAAUAGAAGUAGUUGACACUUUAUUUUAUUAAGAAAAGUUAAAAAUAAAAGUCUCUACUAUCAAUGAAUUAAAGUUGUAAAAUUAAUAAUUACAAGAAGAAGUAGACUAUUUUAGAAGCUUGAGUCUAUAAUAAAAAAGAUUUCUGAAAAAUACGAAGAGGACCUAGAUUUUUAUAGAGAAAUACUAUUUAAACACUAAAUAAUUAAAUAAUGAAACUAAAAUCUAUUCUAUUAAUAAUAUUUUAUUUAUUUUAUUUUUAUAUAUCAAUUAUAGAAUAUAUCAUUAUUCAGAAUACCAAUGUGACUAAAUUUUAGAAUAUUGUAAAUUAAUUAACCAUACUUAUAUAUAAUUUAAAAAAGUGACAAGGCAACUUUUGUGA